GCUACGAUUCGGGCCUACGUCAUCACGACUCGUGGUCAGAUGGGAGAGACUACGGACAUCGCGUACAAGACCGUGGAGGAUUCCAAGGAGUUCCCUGGGCAGAUGGUAGAGAUAGCAGCUUCAGGCUACACGAUCAGGGCGACCUACACCGUUGGAUCGACACCUAUAGUCCUGGCUCGGAUCUUGGGGGGCGCUCUGAUGGGUGGCAAAGUCACAGCGGAUGGCAUGACAAUGGCUCACAGUCAGGCUGGGGAUGGCAAGGACCCGAUGAUCACAGCAAGGGACCUAGACCCUCUGAGCGACUCCGACGACUUGGGCAACUCGGCCAGGUCGUACCUUCGGCAGAUUGAGGUCUGGCGCCGCAUCACCCGGCUCCCUCCAAGUCAGCUUGGCUUGGUUCUCUACCAGCAUCUCGGUGGAAAAGCUUGGAUUGCAGCCGAGGAGCUUUCGGUGUCGAGGUUGAGCACGAAUGGAGGCUUGCAGUACUUCACAGGCUGGGUGGCGGCGAGGUUCCUGGACCUGGAGGUGGCUCGCAUAGGGCGGGCGUUCUCAGACUUUUUCCGUAAGUUGCGGAGGAGACCAGGUCAGACGAUCCGGGAGUACAACACCGAGUACGACAGACUUCACGGAAGGCUUCGUGAGGUCGGAUGUUCCUUGCCUGAAGAGUGUGCGGCAUGGCUUUACUUAGACAGGCUGCAGUUGGAAGAGUCCCAAGAGCUCAACCUCCUCGCCAGCGUCGGGAACCGGUACAGUUUGCAUCACCUCCAACACGCCGCAGUUCUUCACGACAGGGGGCAGCGCAAGCCAUGGGAGGGGGCAGGAGGCAGACCCAAGCGGACUAACUAUGCCCACAUGACCGACAACACCCCCGAGACCGACGAGGAGGAGCUCUUUGACGGCGAGGAGGCUGUGCCCGAAGAUGUAGCAGAAGCCUUUAUGACCUACCAGUCGGCUAAGGAGCGCUACAGGACCCAGCAGAGGAACCGAGGCACUACUGGAGCCCCACAUGGUGAGGACAGGCCGCCCAAACCCGAUGGACCAGGCGGAGAUCGUCGAGGAGGCGAGGGCCGUGAAGACCGGGACUCCAAGCUCAAGGCUAUGAAGGCCCGCAGCUUUUGCGGGGGCUGUGGCCGCAAAGGCCACUGGCACAAGGACGAUGUGUGCCCCUUAAACCGCGGAGGCGGCGCCAAGGCUGAAGGCACGGCGAGCGUGGCUAUGACGACGGUUCUCCCGGCGGACGUCUUCGCUUUGAAGCAUGUGCCCAGCACUCUGCUGGGGGCGGCGGACACGGCAUGCGCGAGGACGGUGGCCGGAACCCAGUGGUUGCAAUCCUACAGCAACCUGUUGGCCGAGAUCGGAAAGAAGCCGGUGCUACAGAAAGAGUGCGAGGAGAUCACGCGAGCGGAAGGGAACUGUUCACCGGAGCUCGCAAUGUACGCCAAGUGGUGGCAGAACCAGCAGCUCGCGUUGAGCACGACGGCCGAGAUCAUGGACGAGGAGAGCGACCAGGACUACCCCGCGAACACCCACCCUACAUCGACGCCGUCAAGGGGCUCCUGGGAGGAAGUGAGCGUGACCAAGACGAAGGGCUACUCAGGGUCCACCGGGAAAGGGAACACCAAGGCCACGCCGAAGCGCGACAACCAGGUUCUCCACGAGAAGGACGAGAAGAUCAUGGAUUCACAGCCCGACCCGAGCACCCUCGCAGAGAUCCAAGCCCUCGAGACGAAGCUCGCCAUCCUGAAGGACAAGGUCCCCAACAAGAAGGACGAGAAGCUCAUGGACUCGCAGCCCGGACAAGGUCGCAGGGGAGACUACAGCGAGCAGGGUGGCGCCAGGGGCCAACAUAAGUGGAGUGACGUAAAGUGCUGCGGGGCAAUCCACGGCGACGAAGGGAUCACCGAGACCGACUAUGUCAGGGGCUACUACAACAAGGCCAUCAGCUACAACGCCAUGGCGACCACUCAAAGCAACGCCGAAGGAGAUGUGGCCAAGGGUCCUGCUGGAGGCGGGGCCUACGACAACAUGCACCACGAUGUCCGAGAUGGACAACCACGACCACGAGCUCGCCGGUUUGGCGACGAUACUUUUGACUGGUCAGAUGUUUCCUUCGAGAAUUGCCAGAAGCUCCUCGACAAAGAGUUGCGUGAGACCACCCCCAAUACCUACAGGGCCAUCCAGCAACCUGAGGGAGAAGGAGAGGGGCAAGUCUGA